UUUUAGGUGUGCCGGGGACAUUACUGGGUGACACCAGGAAGUGCCUUUUAAUAUAACGGUUCUAUGGCAAUGGUUCUCUUUAAAGGAUAAUACAUUUAAUUUAACUUACAGUAAUUAUUAAAUAGACGACUUGUUUAUUUAUGUCUAUUAGCGAGUGUAUAUAUAGCGUGUAUUUUCGAUUUUACCUUCGGUAAUCGGGACUACAAAUUUCUGGGCGUUUCCAUGGUGACAUCAUGUGAGCUGACUGACACGUACUGUUUCGUUAAAAAAAAAAGAUAAGUCACAGAAAAGCAGGAAGAAGAAAGGCACUUAAACAAACAGCUAAGAGCAGAGGAGAGAAAAGAGAGGAGACGUCCGUUCAAGAAUCCCUUCAGAUCUCCAUUCCCGGUUCCAUCAUGAACGUGUUUGACCGCAGCAUCAACUUUGAUGCUCUCUUCAAGCUCUCUCAAAUGUACGUAAGCAUGCAGUAGCUUGUUAUGUCAGUCAUGCACUUUGUCCACUAUAAAGCGAGUUUCCAUCGGCCCAGCCCUGUUCACUGUAAUCUCUUUUUGCAGAUCUCAUUCCACCCAGGUGCACUUGAAGAAUGUGUACUCCAGCUUGGCAGUUUGUAUGUUUGUCGCUGCAGCUGGCUCCUACGUCCAUGUCGUCACCCGCUUCUUUCAGGUAAUAAUAAUAAUUACAAAAUACACCAGAGUCUACCUGUCAGGGUUGAUCCUUUACAUCAAUCCAAAUGGUGCCCUUAAGCAAAGUACUGACAGGAAUACUUUAUCCUACCUAAUAUAACCUAAUUUUGCAUUAAGUUUAGUCAUCUGGUGGUUGAAACAAUUUACUGCAGAUAAAUGUGUUUUCACAAUAAAAUUAUGCAAUAUUGAGCAAUAUAAAGCCCAUCUUUAUCCAAGUCCAGUGUUUGUUCAGCAAAGGUGGUAAGCUGCCCAGAUCCUAAUGCAUCACUUUCCAUGAUUCAUUUAGUUAGUAGAUGACUUAAACAGUAGCCACACCAAUUAAAUAAAUGGCAUUUGCUGUAAAAUAUAGCAGCUCUUCUUCCCUGAAGGUUAAUGUUUUAUUUCAGUGUACAGUGUAAAUAAGUGUACUUAUUUGUUUUAUGAUUUUAGAAAGAUGGACCGCCUCCACUUUAAAACACUGUGGGAAACCCUGAAGUCAAUGUCUUUUACAGUGAGCAUUGUCACCACUCAGCCGCCGAGCACAGACUUUGUUGCUUAUUCACCUCUAUCCAUGUUUCAUGUGACAACAGCAUACGUGCCUGUCGAAGACACUGAAACUGAGCUAAACAGACUGCAUGUGUAGGAUAAUCUGCAGCCUAAUACUUGGAACUUCAGGUCAUCGUUGCUACCAGCAUUCUCCAUUGUUAUUUUGGGAUUAACAGUUUUAGAAGAUACUGAAUGUAUUAUAGAUAAAAGACUGAUGAUGGAAUUCUGUUUGGUGUCAACAUGUAAGCAUAUAGCCAAAAAGGAUCAUCAUAUUUGGAAAAACGUACAUAAAAUGUGUAAAAAAACUGAUGACUGAUGAGCAUCAAAAACCCAAGACAAUGCGUUUACAUGUGAAAUAACAAAAAGCAACAUAAGAACUGCUCUACGUUCUCCUGUAUAUCAAGGCACUGCGGGCACAUUUAAGCUAUCACAGGUCAAAGUACAGGUCUGCAGUUUGAGUCAGAAUCACCACAAGAUCACCAUAAGAUAAAGUUUUGUCUUAUCUUAACUUUUUUAUUUGUCCAGAAGGAGUUUUUCUGUUUUAUCUUAAGAUCUUCUGGAGACCCUGAAAGUAUUUCGUGCCCAAGAUUGGGGGAGUUAUUGGGAUGUGGCAGUAUUCAGCACAAUAAAUGUCCUGCCCUAUCGUUACGCGGUGCCCUUGUUUUCAGGGCGGUGUGGUGUCCGUGCUCGGCUCCCUGGGGAUGAUGUUUUGGCUCGCCAUGACACCACACAACUCCGAGACAGAGAAGAAGAGACUGGCUAUCCUCGCAGGAUUUGCCUUCCUUACAGGUGUCGGCCUUGGCCCCACGCUGGACUUUGUCAUCGCUGUCAAUCCGAGCAUCAUUGUGACGGCUUUCAUGGGAACCUCUGCGAUUUUCAUUUGCUUCACUCUCAGCGCUCUCUAUGCCAAACGCAGGAGCUACCUGUUCCUCGGAGGCACACUGAUGUCUGGCCUCUCCCUCCUGUUCAUGAUGUCUGUGAUGAACAUGCUGUUUGGAUCUGUGAUGCUGUUUAAGGCACACAUGUACCUCGGGCUGCUCAUCAUGUGCGGCUUUGUCUUGUUUGACACUCAGCUCAUCAUUGAGAAAGCAGAGAACGGAGACAAGGACUACGUCUGGCACUGUGUGGACUUGUUCCUUGAUUUCAUCACCAUCUUCAGGAAACUGAUGGUCAUCCUCGCCAUGAAUGAUAAGGACAAGAAGAAGGAAAAGAAGUAAAGAAAGUUUGAUUGGCUGGAAAUUAAAAACAAUCUGUCAGACAAGGCACAAUUUGCAACGCACUUGGUGCUUUUCACUUUCUGUCUUCAUUUAUUGAAUUAACUCCUCUGUGGUCUUAUAAUAUUAUUGAACGUUUCUUUUGAUUUAAUUUUUUAAAACUUACAACAAGGGUUGAAUGUAAGUUUAUAGUAAACUAAUGCUAGUCCCAUCAUGGCUGUGAAUGGAGAAUAGACUAAUGCUGCAGUGAACAUGCUUGGCCUGUAGAGGGGAGCGUUGCCCUAUGAAGACUCCCAGAAGCAGAGCACUUAAUGAGGACUUUCAUAUUACUGUUAUUUAGUGCCAUAAAUUAAUGACAUGAUAGGCUCCUUUUUAGUGGGUCAUGUGAGCUUCUGAGACUGAUCAUUGUUUUAUUUGAAGUUAUGUAAUUUCAGUCAUUGAUUUGCUUAUUUAUAGUUUCCCCUCAGUUCUCUGUAGUGGAGUGUCACAAGACAACAGAUCCCCCCUCCCCCUUUGAGAAAUUUCCCUGUAAUUGCUUUGUUCCCACAAAUUUUGUUUUGUGACCAACAUUUUGAGUAAGAAUGGUGAAGCCUGGUAAUACUGACACUAACCAUGAAAGCCUGUCUUGAACUGAUUCAGACUUGCAGCCACUCUGGUGGUCAGGAUUUUGGACUUUUGGCUGGUGGAGGAGGAAGAGUCGGAGCCAUCUGUCCAUAUUUUCAGCUCGGAUAGCAUAGACAGGCGAGUUAAUUCAGAACUCUCCCGGUGUAAACUUCUUCUCUAAAUAUCUGUUGUCUAGAAAUUAGUUUGCCAAAUGUUUACUGUUCAAUUUUCUGAAAGUGUAUACUGUGAAGAAUUUAUUUUAUUGAUGUAAAAUUGAAACUAAUAAUUUGAUACAUUUGCUCAAAUAAAUGUGUUGAACAUA